GAGCUCGAGUCCUUCGGGGAUAUCGCCCAGGUCGAGCACGAUCCAGGGAGCGAGCCCGGCACCGCCGCCGUGCUCGUCACCUUCUGGGACAGGCGCUCGGCGGGGAGCGCGAAGGAGGCAUUCGGCAGUGCGUGCAGCUACGAGCCGCAGGCAGACAGCUGCACCGCCACCCUGACCCGGGACAGCCUCGGGCACUUCGACAGCUGCCAGGUUGCCAGAACGAGGGAGCUCGGCGACGACCUCCUGGAGGUCGAGUUCUUCGAUUCCAGG